AUGCCAUUCAAUGAUCUCGGGAUGUGCCCAGAUAUGAUCAUGAAUCCUCACGGUUACCCGAGUCGUAUGACCGUUGGUAAACUGAUGGAAUUGUUGAGUGGUAAAAAUGCCAUUAUGACGGGUCGUUUUCAUUACGGUACUGCAUUUGGUGGUGAUCAGGUUGCUGAUGUCUGCGAAGAGUUAGCUGCGCACGGUUUUAAUUAUCUGGGCAAAGAUAUGCUCACUUCGGGUAUUACCGGUCAACAAUUGUCUGCGUAUAUUUAUUUUGGUCCGAUUUACUAUCAGAAGCUGAAACAUAUGGUAUUGGAUAAAAUGCAUGCUCGAUCACGUGGACCUCGUGCUGUUUUAACUCGACAACCCACAGAGGGUCGUGCUAGGGAUGGUGGUCUACGGUUAGGUGAAAUGGAGAGAGAUUGUUUAAUCGCAUACGGUGCGAGUAUGUUACUCAUGGAACGUCUCAUGGUUUCUUCGGAUGAAUUUCAUGUANGAGAGAUUGUGGACGUUUGCUCACAAUGUGGUCUGAUUGGUUACAAAGGUUGGUGUCAGAAGUGUAGAUGUUCACGCUCAAUGGCCACUAUCAAAAUACCGUACGCUUGCAAAUUACUAUUCCAGGAAUUGCAAUCGAUGAAUAUUGUACCAAAAAUUAAUCUUGCAAGAUACACUGAUUGA